CCCCGUUUACGCUUGUUGUAGUGGGAAAUUGAAACAAAACGCAGUUUUACAGUUAAAUAAAGAGUUCAGUGUAAGCCUACAGUAAACAGAAGGCAACAAACAGAAGGAUACACCAGACAUAAAAACAAUAUACAGAUAAAGUCAAGUUGUAUUUACCAAGAUAUCGUCAGCAUGAAGUUGGAAGUUUGUUUCGUUCUUUCUUUAGCGCUGUCUCUACUUUUCGUAAGUGAUGCUCGUCAGUUUAGCAGAUGUGAACUGGUACGCCAAUUACGAAGUCAUCGGUUUCCAGCAAACAAGCUAAGACAGUGGGUAUGUCUGAUCGAGAGUCACAGCGGCGGUCGCACCAACCUCGUUAGUAGAGUCAAUAAGUCUGGACACCGCGAGUACGGUCUGUUCCAGCUUAGCGACAGAUUCUGGUGCAGCGAUAGCGACCUACCGGGGAAGGACUGUAACGUCACUUGUGCUGACCUCCUUACUGAUGACAUCACAAAGGCGGCGAAAUGCGCCAAGAAAGUGUACAAACGUCAUGGAUUUACCGCUUGGAAUGGAUGGAGCAAAUGCCAAGGCUCAUUGCCUGAUAUUAGCUCCUGCUAGAAAAUCCUUUGAAAAACAAUAUUUAUAGAUCUUGUCUACAGUGUAAUCUCAAGUAAUAUUAGGGGUAGCAGUCAUAAUAAUGGGUGUAGUAAUGUAGCAUUCUUGGUAUAUCUUUCCUUUGCCUAUUUCAAUUUUGAUUAUAAUAAAACAUAUAUUAACUCUGU